AUGGCUGCAGCGCCUCCUUUAGAAAAGCCUGCAGUCCCCAUCGAGGUCGAUGUCGCGCAACCCGUUGCCCUCCCUCCCAUAAGGACAAAUGGCUUCCUCGAUACCGUUCUUGACACAUAUCGAUCCUUCCAAGCACGGAGAGAUGCCCUUGGCCUCAGCAAUCCCGGCACAGUCGAUCAGAUAGCGAAAGAGGUGCAAAGGGAUGUCUUCCUCACAAACCAGACCUUCUCAGGUCUGCGCGCCGAGCUCAACAAGAGCUUCUCCAUCAUGCCUCUGUUCCAGAUAAGCCAUGCUUUCUCGAGUGGAUCGCAACUGCUAUCGCCAUACACAUUCCUAGCUCUCUACGGAACCAACAACAUACUCUGCCAGGCACAACUCGACUCGGACGCAUCGUUCUCCGCUCGCUUCAAUUCCCGCCUCACGAACCGCCUCAUCUUCAAGACCUCUGUCCAGAUUCAGCCAUCAUCAAUGGCAGGCCCAGGUGGUGCGCAAGUAUCUCUCGAGCAAGACUACACCGGCGAUGACUUCACCGCUUCGAUCAAGAGCAUCAACCCCAGCAUUCUGGAAGGUGGCUUGACUGGCAUGUUCAUUGGAUCCUACCUGCAGAGCGUCACUCCUCGAUUAGCGCUUGGUUUGGAGGCUGUAUGGCAAAAGCCUGGCGGCGGCAUGGGACCAGAGGCGGCUGUGAGCUAUGCAGGAAGAUACAAGGGUGACGACUGGAUUGCAAGCGCCCAGCUCUUGACACAAGGAGGACUUCAGCUGAGCUACUGGAGGAAGCUCGUGGAGAAGGUGGAGACUGGUGUGGACGUCAACUUGCAGUUCGCUGGACUCUCAAGCGCAAAUGCCAUGAUGGGUGGUGCGAGAAAGGAGGGUGUCGCUACGCUGGGUGCGAAGUACGAGUUCUCGCGAUCAAUCUUCCGCGCGCAGGUCGACAGCCAGGGCAAGAUUGGGUGCUUGCUGGAGAAGGUCGUUGCCCCACCGGUCCGCGUCACAUUCGCUGGAGAGAUGGAUCAUGUCAAGAACUCCGCCAAGCUUGGUCUUGCUGUUUCCAUCGAAGCGUCAGGCGAGGAACUGAUGGAGCAACAAGACAAGGUCUCGCCGGCCAUCCCUCCCUUCUAG